CAAAGAUUAAUAUAUUUUAAGAGUGAUCAUGCUUACUGAGAAUGACCAAUAAAAGUCCGUUUCUAAAAAAGAAGUGAUACCAGGACACAGACGAGUUUAUUGUUUUGGAACCGUGGCGUAACAGAAAAAUCUUUUUUUCUCUCCCUUUCUUUGAUUUAUGAAUAAUGAAGAGAACAAGCAGUACAAGUAGUGGAAUGUCGGGCGAAAUUGAGCAAGUUGUAACAAAACUACUUCGAACAACCAAAGCUUUAUUAGAAGCCUUGACUCAGUGGUCAAACAUGAGAGCUUCUAAUGCUGAAAUAUUUGAAAUUCAUGACACACUUGAAAAGCAAUUCUUUCUUGUCUCUCAAGCAUUUGAAGAAGCAGGUGUUUCAAUGAAUGACUUACAGUGGAUUCCAAGACAGUUACGGGAGUCAGUAUCUAUUGCCAUGAUGGAGCAGCCUUCACCAGCUGCCUUAGACCAAUACUUGCCUCGUAUAAGAGAAGUUAUCGUUCACUUGCUUCAUGGACUGAAAGGAAAACAAGCACAACUGCGAGAGAAAGAUAGAGAAUCACGUGCAUCCAUACGCUCAUCCAGCAACAGCGACGCAUGGAAUCGAGAAGUACCAUUAGCAGCACUUAACAGAGGCAGCAGCACAAGUAGUAAUGGAUCGCAACGUAUGAUGAUGUAUCCCAAUAAUUCACCACCUUUGCCUCCCAUGUCUUCUCCACGCAUGAAUGGCGCAGAAUAUGAUACAUGGUCAGGUGGUAUGCCUCGGCCAUCAGUUCCUACGAACGACCUAUCAGCAAGAAUCAUGCCCAAACGUCCUUACUCACCCCCACCCCCACCUCACGGUUCACCUAUGAUGCCCCUACCAACCCGCUCGACAUCAUCCAGCAGACAACAUAUCCCCAACCCUCCUCCUCCUCCACCAGCACCUCCUAGUAACAACGUGAAUAACCAACCACAGACAUUUGAUGAGAACGACCCAAACACAGCCAGUGCUCUGGCUGCUCUGAAGCGACAAGAAAACCUUGCCAGAAGAUCAUCUGUUCGUCGUGCUUCGAUGUAUAGAGGAAACAGCGACUACUACACAAGUAUAUCCUCUCGAAUGCAAGAUACACCGCCUGUGCCCGCGCUACCUAAAAGUCAAUUAGCACGCGCUGUACCAGAAGAACCAGAGGAGAGUCAUGAAGAGGAAGAAAAAGGACUGACGUUGUUCCUUCAGAUCGGCAAACAAGUGAAAAAGACGGUAUAUCAAGGAGAGAUCAGUAUUCCUGCCCUCAAUAUGCUCUUUGUCGAAAAAUUCAAUUAUACAUCACGUCAAAACGAUUUUCCCAACAUUUAUAUUCGUGAUCCAUCUAUUGGUGUAUCCUACGAACUGACAGAUCUAAGUGAAGUAAAGGACAAGUCGGUACUCUCUUUGAAUAUUGAUGAACAAGAGGAGCAAAAGGAGAGUCAUAAGGAAUGGAUAUUGAAGUUAUCUGCUUCAUUUGAGGAACAAUUGAAAGGAGCGACACAAUCAUUCACACAACAGAUAGAACAGGUGAAGAAACAGUUAGAGUCAUCGAAUGAGACACUGAUUGAACAAAUCACAAGUCAAAUCAUGGUCGAGAAGAAUAAUAGACAAGAAGAGGAGCCAGCCAAGGAGGAAGAGAAGAAGAAAGAAGAACAGGAAGAAGAGAAGAAGGAGGAGAUGCCAGCACAAAAGAUGUAUGAUCAAGGGCAAGUUAAGAAACAACUGAUUGAGAUUGAAAGUCUGAAACGUGAUCUUGCUGUUAUUCGCCAAUUGGAUCGUGAGCGUAAAGAAGAAACGAGCCAGAUAAUUCAGGAGAUAAGGGCUAAGGCUGCCUCACUUACCAAAGCAAACGAACAAGACAUCAAGGUCAUAUCAGCACGAUCUGCUUUGGAGGAAGGAAAGAAGGGACUUUUAGAGAAAUCAGACAAGAUCACAACCCGUUUAGAGGAAUUGCAGGACACGAUUGAUCAACUGAAACUAGAUGUCACUCAAAGAAAAUGCCGUCCUUCUGAGAUACAAAUGACUCACUGUGCCAAGGAACGUAGAGAACUUUCAAAGGAUAUUGAGGAGUUUGGAGCAUUCAUUGCACAGGUGAAGCCAAAGUGGAAGAAAACAUGGGAGCAUGAAUUGCAAACGAUUGUGAAGGAACAACAGACAUUAAAGGAUCAGGAGUAUUUGCUGACAGAUAUCAAGGAUGACCUUGAAGCACUCUCUGAGGUGUUUGAACAAUUGGAAAAGAUUUAUGCUUAUCAAGCUAGCGCCAAGCCAGUCGUCAGGGAAUUUCGAGUUGUACCUGCCGAGGAUGGCCAUGAGGGCAUGUCGAGUGUAUUAAAACAAGUAGCGACGAUUGAUGUGGAUCAUGAACGUCGACUAAGGGCUAUGGAGCAAGCAGAUAAGAUGAGGCAAAGGGAAUUAGCCAAUCGUAUUGAUGAUUUUGAAAAAGAGUUGGUUACUUUUGUUGAUACCAAAAAACUAAAGAAGACAGGAGGAGCAUUGGAGAUUGAUAGAUUACGUAAACAAAAGGAUGAAGAAAUACUCAAACAAAUAUAUGCUUCAAAAGCAGCAGGAAGUAAUACGAAUAACAAUCAAGAGCAACCACCAGAAACGGAACCAGAAACGGAGGAAGUUGAAGCGAGUGAAGCAUAAUAAAAAGAUUCUAGACUUUUUUACCUGUUUCUUUGUUGGACUGUGCGCACCCUGCCUUGGGUCGGUUGUUGAAAAAUCCUAAAAUGGUAAAAUCCUUUUAUUUUUGAUUUGUCUUGCUUUGAGUAAAGACCGGAAAAUAUAUAAACUGA